CACGCCUUCCCAUUUCCGUUUAGAGCUUUAUUCCGGCAACUGUGGCGUCUGUCAGCUGCAGAUCAAAAUGUUCAAACUGAAGCUACUUCCUGCAGCUGCAGUAGGGCUAUCCAUAUUGGCUCGAAGAUAUUCUGGAUUUGCUAAUCGUGCCCCCUCAAGACGAAGGCUUAUGGUUGCUGCAUUAGUUGGUGUGACUGCAGCUUCAGCUAGCACUGGAAUCCUUUGGAACAGUGCUUCAGCUGAACCUGCUUCAUCAGUGAAGCAAAAUCCUAAAGCAGGCCGUAAUGUUAAUCUUGAGGAGACUAAUAAAGACCAUCUUGAUGAUGAUAAAGCAGUUGAAUCAAGUGAAGAGGACACUCAGGCUGAAGAGGGCAAGAAAAAACAACGAUCUGGGUUCAGAGACCGCAAGGUUAUGGAAUAUGAAAACCGUAUUCGAGCUUAUUCUACACCAGACAAGAUAUUUCGCUACUUUGCCACCCUGAAGAUCAUCAAUGAAAGUGGAGAGUCUGAGGUUUUCAUGACCCCUCAAGAUUUUGUCCGGUCCAUAACACCCAAUGAGAAACAACCUGAGAAUUUAGGGCUGGAUCAGUUUAUGGUAAAACGCUAUGAUGGCAAGAAAUUGUCCCAGGAACGUGAGAAGUUUGCUGAUGAAGACAGUAUAUUUUACACUCUAGGAGAAUGUGGACUCAUCUCAUUUUCAGAUUAUAUAUUCUUGACUACCGUCCUCUCCACUCCGCAAAGGAAUUUUGAAAUUGCCUUUAAGAUGUUUGACCUGAAUGGAGAUGGAGAGGUUGAUAUGGAAGAGUUUGAACAGGUGCAGAGCAUCAUUCGGUCUCAGACUAGCAUGGGCAUGCGACACAGAGAUCGAUCUACCACAGGCAACACCCUGAAAACUGGUUUUAACUCAGCAUUGACCACCUACUUCUUUGGGGCCGACUUAAAAGGAAAACUAACGAUUAAAAAUUUCCUAGCAUUUCAGAGAAAGCUGCAGCAUGACGUCUUGAAAUUGGAGUUUGAACGUAAUGACCCUGUCAAUGGACGAAUCACAGAACGUCAGUUUGGAAGUAUGCUACUAGCAUACAGUGGUGUCCAGUCACGUAAGCUUACUCAAAUGCUGAAAAACCUGAAGAAGCAGUUUAAAGAUGCUCCGGGCGUAACUUUUGAAGAACUAGAAAAUUUCUUUAAGUUCCUGAAAAAUGUAAAUGAUGUGGACACGGCCCUGAGCUUCUAUCAUAUGGCUGGUGCCUCAAUAGAUAAAGCUACAAUGAAGCAAGUUGCCCGAACCGUGGCACACGUGGAGCUGUCUGACCAUGUCUGUGACGUUGUUUUUGCACUCUUUGACUGUGAUGGUAAUGGAGAGCUGAGCAAUAAGGAGUUCAUAUCCAUCAUGAAGCAGAGGCUCAUGCGAGGCCUGGAGAAGCCUAAGGACAUGGGCUUCACGAGACUGAUGAGAGCCAUGUGGAAAUGCGCCCAGGAAACGGCGUGGGAUUUUGCCACUCCAAAGCAGUAAAACACACCUUCUGUGUUCAACACGGGCAAAAGGGCUGGUCGGGGUUUGUUUAUACCAAAAGUUGUAAAGUUAUAUGUUAAUAGCUUUUUCAAAUGCUUGUUUGAAUAACCUUAUAACGGUGCCCAAAUAUUUGACCAAAAACCUGUCAAAUGCAUUUAGCAAGCGAUGGAUCCACUCAGGAUGAAGCUGGUCUUAUUUUACCUUUGAGCACUGCUCAUGUUAGAUUGAGAUUCAUAAGUGAACAUAUAAUAUUUGUACAGAGAAUUGCAGGUGCAUGUGAAUUUCUAUUUUGCUGCCUCAUCUUCCUAAGAAAGAGAACACAGAAAUCCCGAGUGCUCCAUGGCUGACAGACCAGGCGGAGGGGUCCAAGGUCACAGUUUGAAUGGAAGGCUCAGCCAAGGAAUUACAUCUAGAAGGUCAUUAGUGCCUUCAAGGAAUAUAAAACUCUCAAGUGAUGCUGAUGAAUAUUCCAAAAGUGUGUUUCCAUUGUCUAGUAUGCAAGGACUAAAGGGUAAGGCGCCAUGGCUAACACCAAUGCAUUGUUUUGUUUUAUGAGUGGAUUGUAUAACAAACAAUAAUGAAAGCAUCAAAGAAAAUACAAAAAAUUAAACUGAAGUUACUGGCUUCCUCCUUCUGGGACGGUGUCUUAAUAUUCAGCUUCCAACAUGGAGAAGGAAGAUCACUUUGCAGCUCAUCGUUUUUGUUUCACCCAAAAUACCACAGUUAUGAAAAUGAGGCAGAGUUAUUUUUUUUAUGAAAAAUUUGGAGGCAGGAGUGCAGUAUAGCCAACAUUUUUAAGGACUUAGCAAACACAAAUACUCCAAGCAAAAUGACACCUUUUAUUGGCUAACUGGAAAGAUUACAAUAUGCAAGCUUUCGAGGCAACUCAGGCCCCUUCUUCAGGCAAGAUGUCAAGAAGAAGGGGCCUGAGUUGCCUCGAAAGCUUGCAUAUUGUAAUCUUUCCAGUUAGCCAAUAAAAGGUGUCAUUUUGCUUGGCUUUUCUCUACAUUCAUAAUGGCUAACACGGUACAACACCCUAGUACUACAAAUACUCCACAAAUUCUAACAUGACCUCAAACUUUCUAAAGAAAAAGAAAGGAAAUUUUGAGAUAUCCAAUCAUUCAAUUCUGCAGUGCACAGCCAUUGUGGACUGAUGGACUUUAUUCAUCUUUUAUUUUGUGCACACAACCAGAAGACGCCAUUUAUAGUACAGCACAACAUGUCAGCAGCAGGCCUCGGGCUCAGCUUUAAACCGUGACUUAUUUUAACAGGUAUAUAUUAAUUUACAGCUUAAAUUUCAAACAAUUAUGCACUAUGCAAUUGAUUUUUACUUACUGAUAUUUUGGGUGAUUUUAAUCUGUACUAUUUAAUAAAAAAAUGGAAGAAAG